AAUAUAUUUUAUCAUCAUCUCUUUUUAUACGUCUUUCCCAUUUGUACGGCAUCGCAAAGAGAGCGCUAAUGGGGAAAACCAAAUCCUUCAAGGACGAGUUCACCUACGAACAACGAUUUGAGGAGUCGUUCGAAAUAUUGGCCAAGUAUCCCGAUCGAGUCCCUGUAAUUGUUGAGAGAUAUGAGAAAUGUGAACUUCCUGAGAUGGAAAAGAAGAAGUACCUCAUUCCUCGAGACAUGUCUGUUGGCCAAUUCAUCCAUGUUCUGAGCACCAGGCUUCAUCUAGCACCUGGAAAAGCUCUCUUUGUAUUUGUAAAGAAUACUUUGCCUCAAACAGGUAGCUUAAUGAGUACGGUGUACAAUUCAUACAAGGACGACGAUGGCUUUCUGUACAUGUGUUACAGCAGUGAAAAGACCUUUGGCUAAGGCUAAUCUGAUUGAGAUUUGCGAAUGCUGAAGCUGUAUAUUUAUGUUAUCUCCUUGUGUCAAUAUAUUCCUUGGACAAAUUUGUUUUUACCACGUGGACAUUAUCUCUAAAUUAUAAUGUUGAUAUGUAUAUCAUCCUUCAUAUUGCAAAUUCUGUCAAAAUUUGAAUUAUGAAAUUGUUUCAAAAGUACAACCAA